AUGCACACACCUCACGGCACAUCAAGUAGUCGCUUGCACGCAGUGCCGAGGCAACCACCCACACAGUCGCCACGUCGCCUGUCCAACCCGAUCGGGUCCACACGCAGAGGUAGUAGAGAAGGGAGGAGGCAACGGGAGGAGGGAGGUGGACAUCACUGGCGAUGUUUAAAGACAAAUCAGUGGCGACGUGAAUGCAUCAGGGCCAUGAGACGGCAUCUUCUGCUCGCUGCCUUCGUGGUGGCCGUGGUCGCGACUCUGAGUUCGCGUCCUGUCAGAGGGGACAUCGACAGCCUCCUAAAGAUCAUCAACUCGCGUAAUUACGACCGCGGCGUUCUGCCCAAGCUGAACGGGGAGCCCGUAAUUGUGAACUGUCAUUUGACUAUCACGGAGUUCGGUUCUAUCGAGGAGAGCACAAUGGAGUACCAAAUCAUGGUCCACCAGGGCAUGGAGUGGACGGACCCCCGCUUGGUGCACAAGACGGGCAACGGUAAUUCGACGUGGGUGGACCCAGGCAACCGCCUGAUGGGCUCCAUCUGGAAGCCGCGGCUGCACUACUCGAAUGAGAAGCGUGGUAGCUUCCACGACAUCACCAUGCCCAACGCACUGCUGCGCAUCUUCAACAACGGCACCGUCUCCUACUCCAUCCGGCUCUCUCUGACUCUCGCCUGCCCCAUGGAUCUGCGCAACUUCCCCAUGGACACCCAGAUCUGCCCCAUCUACCUGGAAAGCUUCAGCAGCAUGGUGAACGACCUCGAGUUCCGCUGGGCCACGCCAGAGGCGGUCUUGGUGUCUAAGUUCAUCAGACUCAACGAGUUCUCGUUGGGGCCGCACAUCAUCGUCAAGAACGGCGCGCAGAAUUACUCCGUCGGCACAUACUCGCAAAUCUCCGUCACAUUCUCACUGCACAGGGAGACUGGCUUCUACGUCAUCCAGAUCUACGCUCCCAGCACCCUCAUCGUGGUCGUGUCGUGGCUCUCCUCCUGGAUGAAGACACAGGCGAUGGUGGCGCGCGUGGCGCUGGGCAUCACCACAGUUCUCACCAUGACCACGCAGAUCAGCGGCUCGCGUUUCUCCCUGCCCAAGCUCUCCUACAUCACGGCCAUGGACAUCUGGAUGACCACGUGCCUGGUGUUCGUCUUCUCCGCGCUGCUCGAGUCCGUGCUGGUCUCCGUGCUCGAGCAGAAGGAGGGAACGGCAGCACAGAAGCAGCAGCAGCAGCAGAAGCAGCAGCAGCAGAUGCAGCAGCAGCAGACGCAGGUGUCUGCACGUCAGGAAUCGUCGGAGCGAGCCGCUCGCCUGGACGCAGCUUCCCGCGUCGUCCUCCCCGUCUCGUUCGCCCUCUUCAACCUCCACUACUGGCUCGUGUUCUACGUGGCCCUGCAGCGUUGA